UAAAGAUGUUAAAAAUCGAUGCCGAUGCUAUCCAUCCUAGAAGAGGUAGUGAUCCAUGGGUUGCCAUGACACCGCUGAAAGAGGAUGUGUGUGAUAGGGACUCAGAGGCUGUGACAUUUUCAGAAACUGAGACUGGAUUGAAUUACAUCGAAGUUUACGAUUCAAUUCCCGAAUAUGAAUCUGUUGUGGAGCCACCGAAAGAUAAAACAGGAAUAUCUUUCAGUAAUGAAUGUAACAAAGUAAAACACAACACUGGUUACAAAGGUUCGGAAGUCGGGUACGUUCCUGUGAGCAGCGGUCGACGCAAGUUCAAUGCUGCAGGCUACGUUUUAAUGCAGAACCAACAGUGGACACAUAUCGAUAACGUGAAACGACUAAGAGACACAGGAGGAUAUAAUCCACGGGCUUCUUGGGUAUACGAAAACAACGUCGCCAAUAUGCCCAAACAAAACAUGGGAACAUGGACACAUAUUAACAAUGUUUCUUACAAGAAGCAUACCGAGGUCAAGAGAGCAGCAACGGUUGUCGCGGAAGGCAGGGAACAGCGCGACGAGAAGCCGGGCAGAUCGAAAUCGAUAGCAUAAUGUGGAUUAGAGUUUGAAGAGAGACUAUCUAUAUUAUUAUUGAUAUUUACUGCCAGCUUGUGUGUUUGCG